GAGUUCCCGAGCACCUGUGGCCAUGGGAGGGUACGUGAUUGAGGGUAACUCUUGAUAUUUAGACACAGUUACGGCAGGUGUGGAGUAUAGCACGGACCUCCAGAAGCGCACUCCACUCCUUCACUCCCCUUCACUCCCUGGCCAACGAUGGUCAUGGCAUUGAUGGGCCCACACUGGCUGUCCCUGUUAGCCGUGGUGGCGUCCGUGGUGGAGGCUGGGGACCUUCCAUCACCAGACAACUACCGGGCUCUUGCAGGACACCAGGUAUGGGAGACUGAGGACCCGCAGGCGAGGUCACUGUUGGCAGGACUCGAGGAGGAAGGACUUGCGGACAUCCUUGGACACACGAGUUCGGUCCUACGGUUCAGAGUGGAUCCGGAAGGUGUUUCAAGAGUAUCCGAUUCCCUCUUGAAGGCGCGUGUGGACUACCGAGUGGCAAUUACUGACCUGGAGAGCCAUUACGUGGAGAUGGAGAGGGUAGCGCGGCGGGAUGGCGUCAUUAGGGCUGAAAAAAUAUCUUGUACGAGCGACUCCUGCCCAAUACCUCUCAUUGAAGAGUAUAUGGAGUUCACGGAGAUUGAGUGGUACCUGAAGGAGUUGGCCGCCCAGUCUUCGCGGGUUGAGUUGGAGUCCAUUGGCAAGUCCAUUGAGGGGCGUGACAUCUGGAGGGUCAUUAUCAGGGCAGCCCAGGAAGGGGAGGGACAACGUAAGGCGGUGUGGCUUGAAGGAGGUCUGCACGCCCGGGAGUGGAUAUCGCCGGCCGUCACCAUCAACCUCAUCCACAAGAUCGCCACCGACGAGUCCUUCCUCCCCGCGGGGAUCGACGUGUACGCGGUGCCGAUGGCCAACCCCGACGGCUACGUUUACUCCUGGACUGGGAACCGAUUAUGGCGGAAGAACAGGCGCCGGAAUGAUGGGAGUCGGUGCCGCGGCGUGGACCUCAACCGGAACUGGGAUAUGAAGUUUGGCGUCGGCGCUUCGAGCAACCCGUGUAGCGAGACUUACAAAGGAGUUGCCGCCUUCUCCGAGCCCGAGACUGUGGCUCUGAGCGAGGAGAUGACCAGGGUGGCGGCGGGUAACGACCUUAAGCUGAUGGUGGCGCUGCACUGCUACGGCCAGGUCCUUCUCUACCCCUGGGGAUGGACGAGCGACCCAGCGCCGAAUAAGGACGAGAUGAUCAAGGCAGGAAAUGCUUUCGCUAAGGCUGCUCUGAAGGGCCGCGGCAGGAAGUACAGUGUAGCGAACAGCGGGUCAGAGUUCUACUACGCGGCUGGCGCAACGGACGACUGGGCCAAGGGGAAGCUGGGGACCCCGUAUUCCUACACCCUGGAGCUGCCGGACGAAGGGAAUUUUGGCUUCACGCUGCCGGCUGAUCGCAUUCCCUUCACGUUCGAAGAAGUGAAGAGGGGAAUCAUAGAGCUUAUUUAUGUAGUAUUCAAUGAAUAAAUGUUACACCGGGCCAAGGUGAAUUAAGCAGGAGACCCCGUAUUCCUACACCUAACUGGAGCUGCCUGACGAAGGGGAGUUUGGCUACAGGGGAGUUAGAAGGCUUGUUUGUGUAGUAUUCCAGGAUUAAAUGUUAUAUACGGGCAAAACAAAUGUCUACACCUAGCUAGAGCUGCCUGACGAAGGGGAGUUUGGCUACAGGGGAGUUAGAAGGCUUGUUUGUGUAGUAUUCCAGGAUUAAAUGUUAUAUACGGGCAAAACAAAUGUCUACACCUAACUGGAGCUGCCUGACGAAGGGGAGUUUGGCUACAGGGGAAUUAGAAGGCUUGUUUGUGUAGUAUUCCAGUAUUAGAUGUUAUAUACGGGCAAAACAAAUGUCUACACCUAACUGGAGCUGCCUGACGAAGGGGAGUUUGGCUACAGGGGAGUUAGAAGGCUUGUUUGUGUAGUAUUCCAGGAUUAAAUGUUAUAUACGGGCUAAACAAAUGUCUACACCUAACUGGAGCUGCCUGACGAAGGGGUUUGGCUUCACGCCGCCGGCCGAUCACAUUCCCUUCACGUUCCAAGAUGUGAAGAGGGGAAUUAGAAGGCUUGUUCGUGUAGUAUUCAAGGAUUAAUUGUUACACUGGCACGUUAGAUGUCUCCCUCGUCUUCUUGUUCUUCUUUCUCCUCCUCCUCCUCCUACUACUGUUACUACUCCUACUACUACUGCUACUACUACUAUUACUGCUACACACCCAAAAGCUAUAUAUAAAGAUAAACGAUGAUUUCCCCGCUGCCAGUAUCAGGUAAAGAUCAGUUAGUAAUUGGUCUAAGUUAAUAUUGGUCCGUACGAGGUGAUGGGAAGGAUAGAGAAACAGCUUCCUUUCUUCCGUCUAGUCUUAGCAAGGGUUUAUUGUGCAGCAUUUAGUGGAAAGAGGAACAAACGUAGCCCAUCAUAAUAUGCAUCUCUAAAUCUUUGGACAAGGGACCGCAUUCUUAAACACAUCGGCGACGCACUUCCCUCGUUUGAAAAGCCUCGCGGAAAAGUACCUGGAAUUCUCAUGGACUGUUUGGUGGUGCCAGUGAUAGCUUUACACGACUUCUGCAUCUUGAAAACCACCCAUGAGAACCAGGUCACUCUUCUCUGUGGCCUUGGGAAACAGUCGUAGGUAAUGGGAGGGAGAGAGUCUAUUUGAAAAGCCUAUCAGAGAAGUACCUGGGAUUCUCAUGUACUCUUUUGUAAUGCCAGGGAUAGUUUUACACGACUUCUGCAUCUUGAAUUGAAAAACCACCCAUGAAAACCUGGUCACUCUUCUCUAUGGCCUUAGGAAACAGCCUCUCGUAGAAGUUGCUGGGAUUUCCAUGGACUGUUUGGUGGUCCCAGUGAUAGUUUUACACGACUUCUACAUCUUGAAAGGGAAAAAUACCCAUGAAAACCCGGUCACUCUUCUCUGUGGCCUUGGGAAGUGGUCGUGGUUGGAGCCCGAUACGUUUAAGAAUGAGGACCUGUAUCGUACGGGUACUAGAUAUGGUCAACAUCGACGAAUGGGAUUAUGUCAAACGCAGAGGACAGCCGCCAGACACCAGGCCGGCCAGACUUGUAACAUAAAUAAGAAUAUGUACAAUCUAUUUCUCCUCCUCCUCCUUCUUUGUCUUCUUCUUCCUCUAGGUAACACAAAGGGGUUGAAUACUGAGGUUGGGCAAACUGAGCACCUUAGAAACACAGUGUUGCAAGUGUGUGUGUGUGUGUGUGUGGUCACUGAAUAGGGUCUAAAACUACCUUAUGAAUUAAAAGAAAAAAAUAUGAAUGAAACUUUUAAAAAAUGUUCUCGUCAUCACUUUUGAGGUGAACACUUGCGACCCCGUGGCUCUGAAGGGCUCAGUUCAACACACACACACACACACACACACACACACACACACACACACACACACACACACAAACACACACACACACACUUGCACAAUCAUCAUCUUUGGUCUACACACCAUAAUCACAGUACUGAAUACAGUAUAUCAUCUCUCUCUCUCUCUCUCUCUCUCUCUCUCUCUCUCUCUCUCUCUCUCUCUCUCUCUCUCUCUCCUUCGCCUUUUCCGAGAGAUCAAUAUAUUUUUUUUCUGGUCGAAUUUCUCUUUCUUUUUCUCCAACUUUGGCAUGCAAGAUUGGCUUCAAGAACACACACACACACACACACACACACACACACACACACACACACACACACACACACACGCACAUGGGGUAGUACGUUUUACAUUCUUAGUUCAGUCCUGAAUAGAUAUAUAUGGAGAUAAGAAUGCACACACACACACACACACACACACACACACACACACACACACACACACACAAAUAAAUUAACUACCAACAAAACACUAAGGGAAUAUCACAAGAAAUGACAUGAUGAUCGAUUAACGCAAAAGCGAUCCCGGACAUGACCAACUCAAUACAGGGUCACAACAAUGUACACGAUAGACAGGCAGACAGUAACCUCGGCGACAUUGCUAUAAAUAAUUGAUUCCCGGGAACUUGCGCAGCGGACAACCUCGGGGAGAACCUUGAUUAUGCUGCGGAGGGGACGGUAGGUAAGCAGCGCGCACACACACACACACACACACACACACACACACACACACACACACACACACACACACAUAUAUACGCUCAUACACAGUUCUUCCUUACAACGCUCAAAAUAUCAACUCCAGAGACAUUUUGGGGUCAUUUGAUGCCCUGUGAAUGUGAAUAAGUCUACAGGUGCUUGUAGAAAAGUUAGAUUUGUGUCCCUAAAGUGUAAAGUAAAUAUAUAUACACUUAGAAAUUAUCAAGAGAGACAUUUGAAGGUAGUUGUAUGCCCUGUGGAUGUGAAUAAGUCUAAGGGUGCUUGUAGAAAGGUUGGAUUUGUGUCCCUGAAGUGUAAAUAUAUAUACACUUAGAAAUUGUUUAAGUAUGAAGCACUGGCAGGGAGAGAGAGCUUACACACACACACACACACACACACACACACACACACACACACACACACACACACACACACACACACAGACACACACAC